AUGCAAGACAGCCUUGAUGAUUCCUCAUCACUGCCGGAAUUAAGUUUCGAUGACCUCCUCGACACACCACCGACAAAGAAAAAUGGUAAACCCCAAAUUAUCGACGAAGAUUCUAUGGAAUAUGAAAGUGAAGAGCCAACCCCCAAAGAUGAUACCCUCAAUACACCAGUACCGAAGAAAACACGCAUGGUCCCAACAACAACAAAAACCAUUACGACGAAUAGUUUUGUAAGCAAUAAACCAGUACCGAUACGUACAAAUCUGGUUAAGACGGCUACUAGCAAUCAAAUGACAGCAUAUACAAAAAAUUCUGGAGCAGGUAAUACUUCAUCAUCACCAUCAACUUCGGCUCCCAUACUUUUGAAUACGAAAAAUGUGCUGCCUAAAAUGGCUGCUCAAAUAACCAACCAUUCGAUUAAAUUAACUCCCAAAACUGUAUCAUCAACGACGGCUGGCAGUGGUGGUGGAGUAACAUCAUCGACAACAUCAACGCCAUCUGGCACAUCUUCAUCGUUUCUGUCAAUUGGAGGCAAGACCGCUGUACGAACAGCAUCUGGACAAUUGUUAUAUAUACAAAAGACCACAACUCCUAAUAACACAACAACAACAACGGGAGCUGUAACCAAAUUGGCAAAUACCUCCACAGUGGUAAAAACACAACAGAAUGUCGCCACCACCGUCGCAGGAGGUAAUAAACCUGUUACCAUACAGGUUAUGCGUAAUGCCGAUGGCAAUUUGGUGCCAAUAAAAACUUCAACUGGGCCCAAUGGCAAAAAUACCACUUUGACUUUGUCACCCACUGCCAGUUUGGCGGGUAAGAAAAUAAUUUCCUCCACCGGCGGCAAGGUAUUGAUAAAAACCACCAGCACCUCGGGUAUGGUUUCCACAUCUAACCCAGCCAUAAAAACCAUGGUAGUUAAGCAAGGUACUACGAGUGUGACAACAGCUACUGGGGAUGCUGCAAAACCCAAAACAAUUGUGGUACAAAAUUCUGGAACAAGUGGUGCGGUUGCGGGUAGUGGCGGAGAUGCCAUGGGAAAACCCAAAACCUUUGUGGUACAAAGUAAUAAUGGCAAGAUUUUGGUUACCAAUCAAAAUUUGGUAAAACUCUCUCCCAAACCGGCGACAACAGGCUCUGGAGUAAGUAACACCACCACUCUCACCUCAACAACCAACAACAAUUCAGGUGGCCAGCAUCUGCAAGCUGUACAAAUUCCCGGUAAAUCAGGUGUGCAAUAUGUUCGUGUUGUACCUCAAUCGAAAUCCGCAACAACAACCACAACAUCGUUGGCCUCUGGACAAGGAAAACUAAUGACAAUGACCUCGGUGGCAGCAUCAACAUCUUCUCUGGCCAAAUCCCUAAACACCUCCACCACCACAUCAACAUCGGCUACCAAAACCCUAACCACAUCGGCUCCUGUUAAAAUUCUAAAUAAUCUACCACAAAAAUUCACGGUGGUACAAAAAGGUGGUUCCACAAAAGUUGUGGUUACCCAGAAAAAGGAUGCCAAUGGUGUGGAAUUUACACCAAUUGCAUCGAAAGUACAAAAAACCAUUGUCGCUAUGCCCACAACAAAGGCUACCACGGAGGAUGGGGGCAAACAACAAGAAAAAUCCCCCGCUGCAGCCAAUUCUCUUGGCAAUCAAACAAUAAUUCGUAAACAUAAAAUUUCGGAAAUAAACACCGAACUGAAAAGAAUAACAGCCUCCGAGACAGAAGACAAUGGACCACCGGAAGUUAAAAAACCCACUCCCAAUAGUCGGGUGGUGGUUAUAGCCAGCAAUGCUCCCACAAUUCUCAACAGUGGUGUACAGCAACAAAUUGCUGGACGUGUUGUUGCAAAUCCCUCCAGUGGUAAUAAUAAUGUGCAGGUGCAGGGCACCCGGCUAGCAAGUAAUAAUACAAAUCCAGCUGCUGCUGCAUCUACAUCCCGGACGAGAAUAGCUGCGGGUGAUAAAAUGUAUACCCUUCUCAAACCAUCCUCGGGACAGCAGAAUCCACCCAAGGUUUAUAGUGUUUUAAAGGCAAGUCAAGUUUUAACCACGACCACAACAACACAACCAACUUUUACAGCUCCGGCAGCCACACAAAAACUCCUGCUCAAUCAGCAGUCACUUGUAAAGCAAGAGAAACAACAACACCAGCAGCAGCAUCAGCAUCAGCAACAAACCGUUUUCAGUUUAAAACAAUUGCAACCCAAACUCAAAUCAUCCUCAUCAGCAGCAGCACCGUCAUCAUCAUCAUCAUCCUCCACCAAUCUGGCCACAUUAACAUCCUCGAACUUUAGUUCGAUCAAAAUUAAAGAAGAACCAUUAGAAGACAUUAAAGAGGAUCCGAAUAAAAUCGAUUUGGUCGGAGCUGUGCGACGCAAACACUGCAAUUGCAGUAAAUCUCAGUGCCUGAAACUCUAUUGUGAUUGUUUUGCCAAUGGUGAAUUUUGUCAGGAUUGUACAUGCAAAGAUUGUUGCAACAAUCUGCAGAAUGAAGAUGAACGUCAACGGGCCAUACGCAGCUGCUUGGAAAGGAAUCCCAGUGCAUUUAAACCAAAGAUAACAUCAUCCAGUGAUUUAGGAGAUAUGCGUCUACACAACAAAGGUUGCAAUUGCAAACGUUCGGGAUGCCUUAAGAACUACUGUGAAUGCUAUGAGGCCAAGAUUCCGUGUAGUUCGAAUUGUAAAUGUGUGGGAUGUCGCAAUGUUGAAGAUCGUCCCGAUUUGGAUAUGGAUCCGGUUGAUCCCAAAGUUAUGGCAACAAUAGCAAAUGCCAGCGGCAACGCCUCCACAAGUCAAAAACGGUCUUACGAUAAACGGGAUUCAUAUGGCAACGUCAAGACAGAAAAAUAUGGCAGAGAUAGUGUGAAACAGGAAUAUGGUGCCGAACUGAAUAGUGAUUUGGCACCACCGGAAAAACAACAAUGUAAUUUCAUUACCCAAGAAGUUGUUGAUGCCACCAUCCAAUGUAUGGUCACCCAGGCAGAUGAAUGUGAAAAGAAUGGCCUUCCCGCAUAUCAAAUGGAAAAAAUGGUUAUGGAGGAGUUGGGUCGCUGUCUAGUGGAAAUUAUCGAUUUCUCCAUACGCAAUACAGACACCAGUUAUACUCAAGAUUAA